UUAGUUUCGGUUGCGAUGAUCUGGAGCUGAUUGUUAUUUUGUUAAGUUUUAAAGUUUUGGAAACUAAAUACUGGCACUAUAUCUUGUGAUUUUAAGACAAGUUUGGAAAGAAAUUGACGGAAAAUGGCAAGGGCUGCCCUCGGUCAAACCCAUGAUUUGGCCAGCUUGCCAUAUCUUGAUGAAGAAGUUCUCCUAGCUGAACUGAAGCAUCGAUAUAGUGAUGAUCAAAUCUAUUCCUAUGUAGGUGACAUCCUGGUUGCUGUAAACCCAUUCCGGGACUUGGGAAUUUAUGGAAAGAAGUAUACAGACCAGUACAAACAGUCCAAACGUAAUGAUAAUCCACCCCACAUCUACGCAGUAUCGGACCUUUCCUACCAGUUUAUGCUUUCAGGGACUGCAGUAGGAGGAAAAAAGAAUCAAUGCAUCGUCAUCAGUGGGGAGAGUGGAGCUGGGAAGACAGAGAGUACAAAACUGAUCAUUAAACAGCUCAUUGAACUAUGCAAGGGAAAAUCACAGCUCGAACAACAAAUCUUACAGGUCAACCCCUUAUUAGAAGCAUUUGGUAAUGCACAAACAGUCAUGAAUGAUAACUCAAGUCGCUUUGGAAAAUACAUCCAACUUAAAUUCAAGGAAGGAACAGUGAUGGGGGCCAAGAUCUCUGAGUACCUAUUGGAGAAGUCUAGAGUGGUCUUUCAGAAUCCUGGAGAAGAGAACUUUCACAUCUUCUAUUACAUGCUGGCUGGAUUGGAUGAGGAGAUGAAGAAGAAAUUACAACUGGAGAAUGCUUCUGAUUAUAUGUAUCUAAGAAACGGGCCAUCAUGUCUUAAAAACAACCCAGCAGGACUGAAAAAAUACUUUGAUGAGCUCAUUAAUGCCAUGGAUCUUGUAGGCUUCUUGGAGGAGGAGAAAGAAGAUAUGUUUCAUAUUCUAGCCAGUGUCCUCGCUCUUGGACAGCUGAAGAUAGAGGCUAACGAAGAGGACGCAGCAUACAUCACAAAUCCUGAAGCUGCUCAGAAAGUUGGGGAUCUUCUGGGGAUUGCAAAGGAAGAUUUGAUGUCUAACUUGACAUAUACAACCAGUGUAGCACAUGGAGAGAGAUUUCAGAGGAACUAUACCAAGUCACAAGCACAAGAUGCUAGAGAUGCAAUGACAAAGGCUCUCUAUGGGCGUCUCUUCAGUUGGAUUGUGAACAAGAUCAACCAGCUUCUUGCCCCAGAAGAACAACUUGAUCCAAGCCAGGCUACCGAGAUUGGUAUUCUGGACAUUUUUGGGUUUGAACAUCUGCAGACAAACAGCUUUGAGCAAGCUUGCAUCAACCUAGCCAAUGAACAACUCCAAUACUUCUUCAAUCAGCAUAUUUUCUUGUUAGAACAAGAUGAGUACCAGCGAGAAGGCAUUGAUUGGUCCAACAUUCCUUUUGUCAACAACGAACCACUCCUUGGUCUAUUCUUGACCAAACCAAUUGGUAUCUUGGCUCUCGUAGAUGAGGAAACCCUCUUUCCUAAGGGUAAUGACCACAGUCUAGUGGAGAAAAUGAACAAGCACUUUGCUCGUAAUCAUCAUUACAUCAAAGCAAAGAUCUCAACCAGUAAUACCUUCAGUGUGGAUCACUAUGCUGGAAGGGUUUCCUAUGAUGCAACUGGCUUCCUGGACAAGAAUAGGGAUACACUUCCAAACGCAGUUACCACCAUGUUGCAGAAUAGCAGUAAUGACCUUCUUGCACGUGUGUUCCGAGGCACAAUCACCAGAACAGGAACCCUAGCUCUACAGAACAGAAUGAGCAAGAAGCGGUCAAGAAAAUCUCUAAAAAAGAGAGGAGCCCCUAAGGCUACAGUGAAGAAGAUCACGGUUGGAGCACAGUUUAAGACAUCUCUGGCUAUUUUGAUGGAGCUUCUUAACAUGUCCAAUCCUCACUUCGUUAGAUGCGUCAAACCAAACACUUCCAAGUCGGCAAGAAACUUUGAUGAUAAAUAUGUCACUGCACAGCUGAGAUAUACUGGAAUGCUGGAGACAACUAAGAUCAGACGCCUAGGCUACGCUAUCAGACCACAGUUUGUUGAUUUCGUCAAGAGGUACAAGGUACUUGCUUUGAGUCCAAAGCUGGCCACAGAUAAGAGAGGAUGCGUCAAAAUCUUGGAGACGAUUGGACUCAAAGACUGGAAAGUAGGAAAAACCAAAGUGUUUUUGAAGUACUAUCACCAGGACAUGCUUGAGGAGAAAAUGAGAAAAAUGGGAGAAUCAGCCGUUCAUCUCACAAGAUUGGUACGAGGGUUCCUAGCCAGGCGUCUAUUCAGACGGCUCCAGGAGAAAGCAGCCAAAGAGAAGGCAGAGAGUGAAGCGUUCUUGGCUAAACUAGAAGCUCUGAGUCUCAAACAAUCAAACAACAUGAUGGAUAUGCUCCAGAAAGAUAAGAUGAUUCCACACGAAUUUGUUGAGAAGCUUCACAAUGCUACAGGUGUGGUGACCUUUGAUGCAAAUGCCCCUGUUAUCCAGGAAUCUGAGCCUGUAGUCCAGGAGGAGAAGGCUGCCUCUCCAGAUGAAGAUGAUGAGGAUGAUGAUGAUGACGACGAUGACGAGGAUGAUGACGUGAUUGAAGAUGAGUUUGUGAAACAUUCUCAUAAAAAGUUUGGACGUGUUGGAACAAAGUCUGCCUCUAUUAUGUGGUUCAAGGAGACUCAGUCCAUGAAACUCAAGAAAGAUGGUGGUACCUUUUACCCCUGGUUUCAUGGUAUCAUUACUCGCAGACAAGCAGAGGAACUACUGCUACCCAAGCCAGUUGGAUCCUAUCUUCUUAGAGUUAGUGAGAGUCGAUUUGGAUACUCACUUUCACUCAGAGGCGCAGAUCGGUGCAAGCACUUCAUGAUAGAUCAACUUCACAAUGGAAAAUAUGUAGUAGUAGGAGAGCCCCAGGUUCAUAAGACAUUGAAUGAUCUGAUCAAGUUCCACUCUCUGAAGAAGAACCCUAUAUCACCAUUUGGAGACAUCUUGAUUGAAGCUUGUGGCCAGGAGGAGGGAGAAUGUGACUAUGCUGAUCUUGUUGAUAGGGAUGAUGAUAAGAGGAGCUCUACCUCUUCUACAUCAUCCAUGCCGUCACGUUAUAUCCCGUCGCCCUCUGAUGUGGGAUAUUUGACCCCUGACCCCCAGCCCUCUCAGAAGCAGCACUCCCCCUCUCUUCAGCGUCGCCUGACAUCUGGACCUAGAUCCGUGUCGCCGUCCCCUUCCAAAGCUAUCAGAGGUGCCAAGGGGUCUACACAGAGACCUGUCAGUGCUGCAUCAUACCUGAGUGUAACCGAUGAUUCCAAUGCUCGAAAUAAACCUCAACUCCCAGAGCGUGGUGUAGCCCAUACCUUUCGUCGAUCAGCGUUCAGACAGAAGUCUCCGAGUCGUCCACCAUCAUCCCAGUUCUAAAACAAAAGAGCCAAGAUUGUACAUUCAACGGCCAUCUUCUUUCUUUACAGUCCUGAGAAAAGAUAGUUUAUGUAACCUUCAGAUCUGUUUUCUCAGUUCUAGAAAGAAAGAAAUCAAUAUUUGAGUGGAAUUCUUCUGCUCAUCUUUGUCUUCCAUGUUCUGAGUUCAAAGGAGAGGAUUAACCUUCAAGCAGGAAUGCUCUAGAUUUUAUCUGUUUUCUAGCUCUCAGAAAAAACAAACAAACAUUAGAUUGUUAUUUUAUAUUAGAGAAUAAGAUUUAAUGCCAUUUGUUUAAACUCUCUGUACUACAUGUAUAUUGUUUAUCCAUAAAUAGUAAAUUGACUAGUAAGUUAAGUGUGUAACUCUUUUUUAGAAGUGAUUGACUAACGAUAGUGUUACCAUGACAACUCAUUUAACAGAUUAUUUAAUGUGUAAAUUCAGUCUCUUUUAGAAAUAGGAUUUUAAAUGAAUCUCUAAAAAAUGAAUGUAAAUGUAUUGUAUGUAAAUAUUUUUAAAUGGUAACAAAAAAACAACCUUAUGUUACUCUCCAUUUGUUAUAUUGCAUUUGAUGUCAUCAUGGACAGUCAGCCUUUCUGUUAACUGAAAUCUACAACAAAGUAUUUAAUAAUUCUAUGAUACAUUGUAGAAUAGAUUUGAUAUAGAACACAAUGAAUUUACUCAUACUUAAUUUUCAAUGCCACGUUGACGGUAAUUAUUUCAACACUACGGGCUUUCAAAUUGUAUUCAGGUAUUCGAUAUUGCAGGAAUCUAACCAAAGAAAAUUUUACACAUAUAACUGAUAUAACAUACUAAUGUUGGGUUGGUUUGUGAUAUUUAGAAUAUGUCUUUCAGUGUUGUAUUGUGUACAACUAACAGUACUUUAGUGUGUGUGAUUGAGUACUUGAAGAAAUAACCAGAGAUAAUCUAAUCAUUUU